CUCCUCUCUCUUUCUCUCUCUCUAUCUCUCUCUCAACCCCUCCCCUUCUCGACAUUUUUUUGUUUCCGCCCCCUCUUAGCCAGCUCAUUCAUUCAACACCCAUCACCGAACCAAAACCAAAACGUCUCUCUCUCUCUAACACUUUCUCUCUCUACAGCUCCAUCUUUUCAACGUUUUCUCCACCAGAUCUCUCGGGCUCAGCCUUGGGAGAUGCGUGCUUGUUGAGGAUAUUUCCCUCCCUCUCUUUUCUGCUUUUCUGGGUUUUAGAGAGAGGGAGAGAGAGAGAGAGAGAGACAAUGGAGAAUGGUGUAGAGAGAGAGAGCGGUGCGGCUGUGGAUGUUGUGGUGUUCAGUGAAGAGGAGGUGAGAGAGAUAAGUGGGUUGAAGAGAGGAGAUGAUUACGUGGAGGUGACGUGUGGUUGUACCAGCCAUAGGUAUGGUGAUGCUGUUGGGAGGCUUAGGGUUUUCGUCACUGGCGAUCUCGAAAUCACCUGCGAAUGCACCCCUGGUUGUCAGGAAGACAAGAUGACCCCUGCUGCAUUUGAGAAGCAUUCUGGACGAGAAACAGCUAGGAAAUGGAAGAAUAAUGUUUGGGUCAUUCUUAGUGGGGAGAAGGUUCCUUUGUUUAAGACACCACUGCUUAAAUAUUACAAUCAAGCAUCCAAAGGUGCCAAUGGAUCUCACAGAUCACAUAAUGGGCGAGUUUGUCAUCGUGAUGAGUUUGUUCGCUGCAGUAGGUGUGGCAGAGAGCGCAGGUUUCGUCUCCGCAACAAAGAGGAGUGCAGGAUUUAUCAUGAUGCCCUGGCAGAUGUGAAUUGGACAUGCGAUGAUAUGCCAUAUGACAAAUCAAAUUGUGAUGAUGAUGAGGAACGAGCUAGUCGCAGGGUGUAUAGGGGCUGUGCCCGAUCUCCAACAUGCAGAGGUUGCACCUCAUGCGUGUGUUUUGGAUGUGAGAUCUGUCGUUUUUCAGAUUGCAACUGCCAGACUUGCAUUGACUUCACUAGGAAUGCGAAAACUUAAAAGAGUCUCCAAAACAGUGUUUUUUAGUCCAAAUGCUCCUUCUAUUUUGGGUGGGUUCUUCCUUCUUCCAAUUGUUACUUCAAUUUAAAGCCCCAUUCAACAAUUACAGAAUGCUUCACUGAAGCUCUCUAAAAUUGUACUUGAAUUCACAGUUGACUGGUUUAGAACUAGCAAAAUUCAGUAAUUUAUUAUUCUCUUUAUUAAAAUUCAGUGCUUA